UCUAUUGAUCCUCUUAUUUGUUAACUAAUCUCAUUUUGGUCAUCUAGUUUACAAGAGUCUCAAUUUAGUCACAAUUUUUGAAAAUAUGAACACAUUGUAUCUCAUCCGUUAAGUGGUAGUAGACGGCGUUAAUUUGAGCUGACUUGUAAUUUUUUUUUUUAUAUUUUAAAAUCAUUAAAUCCACGUGGAUCUUUUUUCUUUUUCCGGUACCAGGGUUCUCCAUAUUCACAGCACCACCUCCUUCACCAAAAUUCUGGGUGGACCAUUACCCUCCUCACUGAUUUCCGAUUUCUCCAAAUCCUAACGAAUUCUUUCUAUUAAUUUUCCUCCAGCAACGCCAAAGAAGUAAUUUUGCACAACUCGUGGGGAGUUGACCACCUUCACGGUUAAAGUGUGCCCACUCGUUCCUGGACGAAGACACGGGCUUCCUCAAUCCUGGUUUUGAAUCUGCCAUGUUUCAAAUCCUAUAUAAAAGCCACAAAAAACAUCAACUGAGAUAACAUAAAAACAGCAGGAAUGCACACUAGCCUAAUCUUGUAAGAUCUUAACACAUAGCCUAAUAUAAAAGGUUUAAUUAACAGUUUCUUAGUACAUAGGUUUUGAACAAAAAAUGCUCACUUAUCCAACAUUUCUCAUCCAAAAUUGUAAGAUCUUAACACAUAGCCUAAUAUAAAAGGUUUAAUUAACAGUUUCUUAGUACAUAGGUUUUGAACAAGAAAUGCUCACUUAUCCAACAUUUCUCAUCCAAAAUUUCAAGCUAAGGGAAAAACCCAGUUAUGUGGAUACCAAAUAAACUUAUCGAAACCUGUAAAAUCAUCCUACCCUAACCCCAGCUUAAAAGGAAUAUGAAGCAGAACUUCAGAAGUUUACAACAACGAAUUACUAAGUUGAAGCAAUUUCAAUUCAAGCAUAAUCCGAAACCUAGUGACUCUAUAAAUAGAGGUGUUAGAGACAGCAAACUUUUGAUUCAGUGCAACAAACAGAUCGCAGAGAAUGGAAGAAAUGGCAACGUUAAUGAGGCAGAAUUGGUAUUCCACAGGAUGGCCGUGAAGAACACUGCUUCUUGGACUGCCAUGCUCACUGUCUACGCCCAAAAUAGCCAAAUAGAAAAUGCCCGCAAAGUGUUCGAUCAAAUGCCUCAACGAACUACGGUCUCAUAUAACGCAAUGAUCUCGGCUUACAUUCGCAAUGGUUGCAACGUGACCAAAGCUUAUGAGCUGUUUUCAGUGUUGUCUGAACGCAACUUGGUCUCAUAUGCUGCCAUGAUCACGGGUUUUGUGAAGGCAGGGAAGUUCCACAUGGCUGAGGAACUGUACCUUCAGGCUCCACAUGAGUUCCGGGACCCUGCUUGCUCAAAUGCGUUGAUAAAUGGAUAUUUGAAGGCAGGUGAAGUGAAUGAGGCGUUGCAGGUUUUUGAGAACAUGGUUGAGAGGGAUGUGGUUUCUUGGAGUGCCAUGGUUGAUGGUUUGUGCAGGGAUGGGAGGGUUGCAGCUGCCAGGGAGCUGUUUGACAGGAUGCCUGAAAGGAACGUGGUUUCUUGGAGUGCAAUGAUAGAUGGGUACAUGGGGAAAGGUUUCUUUCAAGAGGGUUUUUCCUUGUUUACUGAUAUGAGGAGGGAAGGUCUGGUUGAUGUUAAUUCCACCACAGUGACUAUCAUGUUUAAAGCGUGCGGAAAUUAUCGUAGAAUGCCAGAGGGCAUGCAGAUACAUGGGUUGGUUUCACGCUUGGGAUUUGAAUUGGAAAGUGUUUUGAGUAACUCUAUGAUUACUAUGUAUUGCAUGUUUGGUUGCACAGACAUGGCAGACAAAGUAUUUUGUAUAUUGACCGACAAAGAUUUAGUUACUUGGAAUUCUUUAAUUUCUGGAUACGUUCAUAACAAUGAAGUGGAAGCUGCGUAUAGGGUUUUCGAGAGUAUGCCAGAGAAAAACUUGAUCUCUUGGACAGCCAUGAUCACAGGGUUUACUAAAAGUGGAAGAAUUGGAAAUGCCAUACAGCUUUUUAAUAUGUUGCCAGUGAAGGAUGAUUUUGUUUGGACGACUAUUAUAUCUGGGUUUGUAAAUAAUAAGGAGUAUGAGGAAGCUUUGCAUUGGUAUGCUCGGAUGAUUUGGGAAUGCAGGCCAAAUCCUUUAACUAUUAGUAGUGUCCUCGCAGCUUCAGCUGCUUUGGUGGCGCUAAAUGAAGGGCUACAGAUUCAUACCUGUAUUCUGAAAAUGAACCUAGAGUAUCAUUUGUCUGUACAAAACUCUCUUAUAUCAUUUUACUCCAAGUGUGGGAAUGUGAUUGAUGCCCACAGGAUUUUCUUAGACGUCAUUGAACCAAAUGUCAUCUCUUAUAACUCGAUCAUCAAUGGGUUUGGACAAAAUGGUUUUGGCAAAGAGGCUCUCAGUAUCUAUAGAAAAAUGCAGAGUGAAGGUCAUGAAGCCAACCAUGUUACUUUCCUUGCUGUCCUUUCUGCCUGUACUCAUGCAGGAUUAGUUGAAGAGGGAUGGGACUUAUUUAACUCCAUGAAAUCACGUUAUGGAAUUGAGCCAGAAGCUGAUCAUUAUGCCUGCGUUGUUGAUCUCCUUGGCCGUGCAGGUUUGCUUGAUGAAGCUGUUGAUCUAAUCCGUUCAAUGCCAUUUAAGCCCCAUUCUGGUGUUUGGGGGGCUAUUCUUGGUGCAAGCAAUACUUACCUCCGUCUCGACCUUGCUAAGCUUGCAGCUGAACACAUUACUGAGCUGGAGCCUAAAAAUGCAACUCCUUAUGUGGUAUUAUCUAACAUGUAUUGUGCUUCUGGGGAAAAGAUUGACAGUGACUUAGUAAGAAAGACCAAAAACUUUAAAGGAAUAAAAAAAAAUCCAGGUUGUAGUUGGAUUACAAUGAAAGAUAAGGUUCAUCUAUUUCUUGCAGGGGAUCAAUCACAUGAUAAUAUUGUAGAAAUGAAAGCCACAAUACUGACCAUGGAUAGGGAAAUGCAGUGGUUGUGUCAUUGUCGGUGCUGACUGACUGUCUUCUUUUCUUUCUUUUACGAACAUUACUUCUCUGUUGGUGCAGCGUCAUCAUUGUGUAACCGAGCUGACUUCAUUUUCAACCAAAGAUUCUUGGAUGCACCUGUUGUAAUGACGUCUAAGAAAAAGAUCAUUAGCGCACUCGACACACUACUUAAUGUGUGCGUUUCAGCAUUCUUGAUCAUCAUUGCCUCAAACCUCAACUACUGUAUGGAUCAGUACUGACCACGGUUUAGUGAGAUAAUCCAGGAAGGUGAAAUUCUGAAAUGUGCUUGGAAUAGUUGAAAUUGAGGGAUUUCAUUGGUGUUGGAGUACUGGUGAUACUCAGCGCAUGUUUUAAAUGGUGCUACUUUUUUAAAUAGUCAAUUAGGCUAUACUUAUCCACUGGAGUAGGAUUCAUUCAAGUGACGCUGAGAAAAGAUGAGAAAUGCCAAUACUACUAUAUUGGAAUUAAGGAACAUACAAUUCAGUGUUCUUUUAAACCAAAUCUGUGGUGGCUUGUUGUAAUUAAUAUUAUUUUUAAUGGAGGAAGAGAUGAAGAAUUUAUUGGUAUUGGUCCUGUAGAUUGGGUACUGCUUGGAAGGCUUGGAGUAAGUGAGACAAUUAUUUUCUUAGAGCUAGAACUAGCAGACUGGUUAUUUUUCUUGCAAGUUAUGUUCUUGCCUGAGGCCCUGGCCUAUCUCCAUGUGCUCUAGGAUGCUGUAUGGGUUACUGCGCUUAAAAAAACUGCUCAAUUCAAUCCUCUUCUGGAGUUCAUAUAGAAGUUGUCAGUGAAAUAACACCAAUAUGGAAGAUGUGAUUUUGUUCUUCAGUGUGUGUUGAUUUGGAUUUCCAGGUUUGCACCUAAACUAUGUGUUUUAUUUUCAUACUUCAAUUGCUUGAAUGGACCAUAUACAUUUUUCCGUACUAUCUUUUUUGGAGAUGUUGGGUUUGGUUUUAGUAGAGAUUGAGAGUCGUCAAUGCAGAAAUACUGUAUAGGAAAUCAGCAAAUAGCCCUUAAGCUCCUUCCAGGGCGAAAGCUCCAAAGAUAAAAGAGUGUUUUCUCUCUUCAAUAAGAAACAAAAUAUCUCUAUUCCCUCCUAACAUCCUUGACUGCUUAACAUCCCCCUUUUCAUUCGCCCUAAUUCGUUAAUUCAUUUUUCCCUAAGAGCAUACAUAUUGAAGUAUUUGACAUAGCUAUUAUAAUUGAGUAAACUGUUGGAGUGCAAAUAAAGUCCCACAUUGAAUGAAAGAAGGACUGGUCAAGGGUUUAUAUACACAUAGAUAUCUCCAAUGGUAAGAGGCCUUUUGGAGUAGUGCCAAAAGCAAACCCGUGAGAGCUUGGCCCAAAGCGGACAAUGUCUUACCAUGUGUGUGUCGUACCCUCCCCCAACAUAAACCACUUUCUUCUACAAUUUUUGAUAAGGCUAGUAAACUAAACUGCUUUCUUCAAGCAUUUGUGACACACUUACCAAAGUGAAGCACUUUGUAUCUUCAGUCAAGAUAAUGAAAAGGUAUUUAUUCUCUCCGAUAAACGCCAUGGCUUUGAUUAAAGAUGUCGUAUUUCUUGUAGACACAUAUGCAUAUAUAAUAAAAUAAUCAUUAUCUUUUUUAAAUUGAAAAUGGACACAUGGCUUUUUAGUGAAAGUUCUAUGACUAUGGAGGACAAACACAUUGUCAAAGAUAUCAUUGAUGGUGAAGAGGACGACAAUGACGAGUCCAUAUAAUUCUAUAUAUCCAAUAAUCUAGAAGUGAUAAAAACUUUGAUACUACUUGUUAAAAUUUUAAUUUAAUUAAAUAAAAUGCAAAAGAAAUACUAAAAAACAUUAGAUCAUAUUAUUAAGAUAGUUUAAGGAAUACCUGGAUGCAGAUAGUGUGACAUGAAUGAACAUCCCUAAAAUAAGUCCCUUAUUCUUUCUGGGACCUCCGUUUUAGAUAAGUAAUUUUGUAUUAAGAAUAAAUAAUUAAUGUUGUAUAUGAAUGUAUGAAAAGCUUCCAAUUUAGUCAUUGGAAGACAAGACCACAAAAAUAUGAUUUAGUUCCUUUAUGUGUAAGAAAUUUCACAACUCCUCGUGUUCAGUUUUCUGGGACAAUUUUAU